AAAGACUGUUUUUAAAAUUAAUUCUUUAAAAAAUCCUAUCUAUGUAUUAACAUUUACAUAUAACCAUGCCUAUAACAGAGUAUAUAGCGUCGUUAUCUCAAAAUCCGUAUUUCGGCGCUGGUUUUGGCUUAUUCGGCAUAGGAGCCGCAGCCGCUGUUCUGCGAAAAGGAUUACAGACAUCAGUAGUAUUAUUCAGGAGACAAUGCAUGAUAACUCUUGAAGUGCCGUGUCGGGACAAAUCGUAUCAGUGGUUAUUACAAUGGAUCACUCAGAAAGGUGCAAAGCACACACAACAUUUGAGUGUUGAAACAUCUUUUCUACAGAAAGAUACAGGACAGAUUAAAACUAAAUACGAUUUUAUACCAAGUGUUGGUCAACAUUUCUUUAGGUAUGGAGGAACUUGGAUAAGAGUUGAUAGGACCCGUGAACAACAAACAAUAGACUUACACAUGGGUAUACCAUUUGAAACUGUAACACUUACUGCAUUUGGACGUGACAAGCAAGUUUACUAUAAUAUCCUUGAGGAAGCAAGAACUAUGGCAUUGAAACAACAUGAAGGCAUGACAGUUAUGUAUACUGCAAUGGGUUCCGAAUGGCGUCCAUUUGGUCAUCCCCGUCGCAGGAGACCACUAAGUAGUGUGAUACUCCGUACAGGACUUGGUGAAAAGAUAUUGACUGAUUGCUUAGAUUUUAUCGACAAUCCACAAUGGUAUACUGAACGAGGAAUCCCAUAUCGAAGAGGUUACCUCCUUUACGGUCCUCCUGGUUGUGGAAAAUCUUCAUUCAUCAUGGCAUUAGCUGGUGAAUUAGAAUACAAUAUAUGUGUUCUCAACUUAUCAGAAAGAGGACUUACAGAUGACAGGCUAAACCAUCUACUUAGUGUCGCGCCUCAACAAUCGAUUAUACUAUUAGAGGACAUUGAUGCAGCGUUCGUAUCGCGUGAAGACUCACCUUCGCAGAAAGCAGCAUACGAAGGACUAAAUCGUGUAACAUUCAGCGGACUUCUCAACUGCCUGGACGGUGUAGCCUCUACAGAAGCACGAAUUGUUUUUAUGACCACAAAUUAUCUUGAAAGAUUGGAUCCAGCUCUUGUAAGACCAGGUAGAGUGGACUUGAAGGAAUACGUCGGGUACUGUGAUCAGGAGCAAGUGGAACUCAUGUUUUUGAGAUUUUAUAAAGACGCAGUAGCAGCAAAAUCUUUUGCAGAAGAUGUCCUUUCAAGAAAGAAGCCAGUUAGUCCUGCUCAGAUUCAAGGAUAUUUUAUGUUCCAUAAACACUCAAGCCCUAAGGAAGUACUAGCUGAUGUCAAUUCUAUUUGGACACUCGGAUAAUACUGUGAUAGAUGACAUUUUAUAGAAAUAAGUAAUUAUUUAUUGCUAUAAAUACAUGAUCCCUUGUUAAGUGGUUUUUUUAAGGAAAAU